AUGCGGUGGAAACCUACAACAUUCUCUUCCGCAUCAGAGCACCAAAGAGCACCCUUAUAUCUAGCACCCCACUACUCCGUACGCUCGCUGCGAUUAGCUGCUAAUUAUGCCAAAAAGGUUAGUAGUAUAGUAAUCUUUAACUUGAACAUCGCGUCAACCAUCUUCUGCAAAGACGAAUGCCAGAACAUGGAAGAACUCUCAGCAGUCCACGAGAAUUUGGAUAGCAUCGCUUGUAGUGAUGUUCGUAUCACAUCACGAUCCCGCUCUCGUUCUCCAUCACGUUCAAAUUCCACCAAGCACCGCAAAACCCAGAAAAUCCACAACCGCUUAGACCGCGAAGCACAUCCAUUAAUCGGCAGAUUUAUUUCUUCCCUCAAUGCCAAGGAGGCUAUCAAUCCUCAGGGCAGGUAUUGCACCUUUAUCCUUCAGCCUGGAGCAUACGAAGAGACUAUGAAAUCCUUGCGUCAAUCGGAUUCUGAAGUUUGGGGAUACAUAGAGGAUAAGCUAAGGCACGAUCUUAUUGAUGACAAGAUUCUUGUCAUUGUAAUGCCUACCACCAAAAUCCACGAAUGCACGAAGAACAAGACCAGCGAUUCAAUCAAAAGCCAGCUAACCGUUAUUGCCGGAAAAACUUUAAACGAAGGCACAAAACAACUCAUCCGGGAUAUCCAACCUGCUUCCGCCGCCACAAUCGAACUCUAUGGCACUAAAUCCUUCCUCCAACCUGAUGCACAAUUUUACAUCCGCGGCCUGUACUUUCCAGGAGUUGUGAUCGAGAUUGCACAUACACAGGACUGCAAAAAGCUACGACGUAAAGCUCGAAAAUUUGUCACCGGAUCAAUGGGUGAAGUUCAUCUUGUCAUCGGUCUCGAAAUAGGAGGAAAGUUGUUCAAGAUCUCAGCAUGGUGUCCAGAAAUUUAUCAAAUCGAGAAUCAGGAUGCUAUAAGAAUGAAGACUCUGAUCGAUGGGGAUAUCAUACGAGACAGUGAUGGCACGCUAAAGCCUGGGUUUUUCAGAUUCUAUCUCGAGGACUUUGGCACUGACCUUGCAACCAAGUAUCCCAAUGCCGAUAUGACCGAGGAGAUCGUCUUGAGCUACAAUGUUCUGGCCGAGUACCUUAUUGAUGCCGAGGAGUGUGAUAUACCCCCACCUCCUGACAUGGGCAAGGGCAAGUACAUCGUGAUGGAAGAUUCGUGUUCAUCAGCAGGAGAAGAGCUCAAUUCAGAAGAUGAGCGGAGGUUUUUUGAGUUUGAACGCAGAUCAGCUGCUCGUCAGGAGGCCUUAGGCUACACAUACUAA